GAAAUGAAUGAAACACAGGACCUGAACAUUACCCUUGUGGAUGAUGGUAACUGGACUUUUGUCAAUGGCUCCAAUGAAUUCUUCUUACCUCAGAACAAUGUGACAUACGUUGGAUAUUACCUGCAUCAGCCAUCUGUAGCAGCGGUAUUCAUAGUUUCCUACCUGCUCAUAUUCCUGGUCUGCAUGGUUGGAAAUGGAGUAGUGUGUUUCAUUGUGUUACGGAGCAAAAACAUGCGCACCGUCACCAACCUUUUCAUCCUCAACCUCGCCAUCAGUGACCUUCUUGUUGGGAUUUUCUGCAUGCCUACAACUCUUCUUGACAACAUUAUUACAGGUUGGCCAUUUGGAAGCAUGGUCUGCAAAAUGAGUGGUAUGGUCCAGGGCAUAUCAGUCUCAGCCUCCGUUUUCACCUUGGUUGCCAUAGCUGUUGACAGAUUCAGAUGUAUUGUGUAUCCCUUCAAACAAAAGCUGACAAUAUCAACAGCCACUUUCAUUAUUGUGAUAAUCUGGGUCCUGGCAGUGUCCAUCAUGUGCCCCUCUGGCGUCAUGCUUCAGGUGACUAAAGAGCAAACCAUUCGCGUGUUCCUGGGAGACGGCAACCGAACGAGCCCAUUCUACUGGUGCAGGGAAAACUGGCCUAACCAGGAGAUGAGGAAGAUCUACACCACCGUCCUGUUUGCCAACAUUUACCUGGCUCCUCUGUCUCUCAUAGUAAUCAUGUACGCAAGGAUUGGGAUCACUCUGUUUAAAACAGCCAUGCCGGCAGGGGCCAAACCUGGCCAUGAUAACCGUCACUCAGUGUCGAAGAAAAAACAAAGAGUGAUCAAAAUGCUCCUCAUCGUGGCUUUGCUCUUCAUCUUGUCCUGGUUGCCUCUGUGGACACUAAUGAUGCUAACAGACUAUGUUAAACUUACCGAACAUCAGUACAGGCUUAUUAACAUCUACAUUUACCCUUUUGCCCACUGGCUAGCCUUCUUCAACAGCAGUGUCAACCCAAUAAUCUACGGGUUCUUCAAUGAGAACUUUCGGCGUGGGUUUCAGGCCGUGUUUAAGUUUGGCAUGUGUCCUGUUGGCGGUCAGCAUCGGACCUAUUCUCAUAGGGUGCAGGGCAAUUCUGUGCAACCUGUGAACCCGCAACCCUCCACAGAGCCCAUCUCUCUUAACAGCCUGGAGAACAACAGUUCGAGGAGGAUGAACCACGUCAACGAGCAAGACUUAGUGAUGGAAGAUUUAGAGAAAGUGUCUGAAUGUAGUAUGGAAGGAGCUUCUCUUUAAAGGGCUUAAUAGAGAGGAAUGGUAUGAUAGCAGACUCAUUAUGUAUCAAAUUACAGACGAUUAUUUACUUACAUUUUAAAAAUGAGACUGUUAACAUUAUACAUUUGUGUGUAAAAUGGAUUUAACUCAUGUUUAAUUUGAACAGACAUCUGCUGCUGGCAUGAAUGUACUUGCUGACGUUGUCAGACACGAUUGGGCAAUUCUGACAAUUUAACAACUGUAGUCUUGUAAAUUUAACAAUCUGUAAAGAUAAGUUCAGUUAAAAACAAAUCCGUAAAAUUACUGUAAAUAUAUGUAUAUACACAGGAACAUCUGGAGUUUUAUGAUAUGUAAUUAGAUGUAUACAUUUUUAUAUGCUCAUGAAAGUAUCAGAACUGCCAUAAUCCAAAAUCAUUCAUUGUUUCUGGAUUAAAGUCUGGGAUUUUAGGCACAGCACUUACAUCUUAAUAUUAACAUUAAACAUUCAUACCUCAUUUGUGACAGAUCCGUGGAAAGGCUGGGAUAUAUUUCAGUGGGAGGGUUUAAUGGGACCAUAAUUGUUAUCUUGUACCCAAACAGGGUAAAAUGAGCCAUGAAAGAGAUUAGUCUGAUUGUCUGCUGUUGGCGCAAAUAGCAGAAAGUAAGUCAUAGUUACUCACACUGGCCUUUCUGCCCUGUUGACUGACAGAGCUCUCAGAUGAAUAGUUUGACAUAUGAGACAGAGGUAGGCUUUGUAUGGAUUUGAUAUGGAUUUCAGGAAUAUUUGAUGCACGAGUCUGGAUGUAGCACUGUGAUUCACUUGCCAAAAGCUGAUUUGUUCUUCAGGCAUGCUUUCUCUUUAGGGUUGUCUGUGCCAAAAACAUUGUCAUUGUUUAAUUAUUCAUUACCUUUUUUACCCUCUCUGUUUGCAUGUUGAUUAACAUCACUUACUUAUGGGUUUCCUGCCAGGUAGUUUUUAACUGCCCCAUCCUUUAGCCUGCAUUAUUUUGUGACAGAAUCACAAAAUGGUUUGAAGUGACUGUUAAAGUUAGACUGCAGUCACUUUAACGAGGUCAUGUCAUGCCUUCUUAAAUUAUUUGAUACUGCUCUCUGAGUUCCACUUACAAUGUUAUGAAGUUUUUACGUAAAAAAAGAAAAAAAAAAGUACUUGGCUAUUUCCUGUCCUGUUUUGACCCCCUCAUCAGAAGGCUCUGUUUGAAUAGGUUUGGGCUGGUUGUAGACUCAGAAGUGAACACUCACAGCUAUGAUUGGUUAACAGUUGUGUAUGUUUGACAGCUUACAUCCUUCAGAGAUGGACACUGCUGUGAUUUAAGUUCAAAAUGCAUAAAUACUAUCAAACCAUCUGUAAUAACAGACAAAGCAACAGUGACCACAUUAUAAAACCAGUUACACUUGUGUGGUGCGACAUUACUGUGUUUGGCACUGCAUCGUCUUUUAGUUUCAGUCUUUCAGAAAAUCCUGCAUCAAACUGUGCUUUGUUUGUAAAUGAAUCCAUGGUUAAAUGAAGUGAACAAAGGACCAUGUUCUUACUGACGUGGUCUAGAUCUUCAUUAAAAAUAUCAUCUAUUCUUUCUUAAUGUUGGAAUCAGUAGGAAGGCAAUGCAAAGAUUUUACACGACUUGGCACAGCACAGAGGUCUUGUUGACUUUGGAGCCAUCUUUAUCGUUUGAUUUCUGUGUAGGCCAGUGUUAGCCUCUCUCGUCAUUUACAUGUGCUUGAAUUGGUGGGUUGGGCGAAACAGGCGCUGCAGUAGAAGCAUGCAUUGAUCUUCUUUUGCAGAGGCAGUGUUUAACCAUACUAUAGUUCAUAAAUUGGCACAUUCCACAACUUUUCAUUUUGGCAGAUUGGCUUCAAUAUAAGCUGUUUUUAGACUAACGAGAAAUUUCUAAAACUUACAGGAUGUUUUUAAUAGUACAAUGACCUCUUAUAUGUGAAAAUAUCAAGGGAAUUUCUCAGUUCAUGACCCCUUUAAACUUAAGCAUUAACUCUUUGGUGAGAUCUUUCAGGUGGGUCAGCACAAGGUUUGGGAAUGAUUGUGUCUGUAUGUCCUAUUUUGUACUUUUUACUCCGUGUGAUUCAGCUGAACAUUUGUUGGUGUAUUCAUCAGUCUGAAAUCAGAAAGUUCAGUUUCAAUAAAUCUUUUUGUUUACUUAUUUAUUUUUAUUAUGAUAUAUAUAUUUUUUUAAAUAUCAAAAAUCUUUUCAAACUGGUAAGCUGGUUCUGAAAGAUUUAGUAAGCUCACUUUUUGCAUCUAUACAUUACUGUAUGUUACAUUAUUUAUGUAACCUCAUACAUUUCUUUCCGUUUGUUUUUUAGUUUCAUGAAUGAAUGUCUUACAUUCACUGUGAAUGUAAGUAGAAAUGUUUUCUUUUCUCUCCCCAAACAGAGCAAACCAUUUCCAUGUACCAGAAUAUUUUAAUUCAAACUGUGUGACAGGAGUUUGUUGGAUUACAUAUUUGACCAGUGAAGAUGGAAAACCAACAUGCACAAGAUUUUUUCUGUAGAUUAAUUCUAUCAGCAAUCAGAGCUGUGUUUUUGUGAUUAUCAUAGCAGAUGGGAGAUGAGUAAGUUAAUUCUUCCCUCUUCUUGACAGCUGACACUUCGUAAACCAGUGCAAUCUAAACAUGAUUAAGCCAGCAGCACACUGACAUCACUGUAAAGUAAGACUGACAAUUGGCCAGGAGAAAAUGUGUUAGAAACAGACAGAAGAAGAAGAAGAAGAAAAAAGCCUUUGAUUACAAGGUGACUCUGACUUUAUGGAAGUUCCAGGUGUGUCAAACCUUAUUGUCGGAUUUGUCAAGGACACAGUUUGUGGAGAAAUAUUUAUUUUUAUAUAUCUCUGUUUACUGAACAUGAACAGUAUUUACUGUGGAAUUGUUCAUUUCUAUAGUUCUAAUGAUGUAUUAGCAAAAGCAAUGCUAUAAACCUUGUCAAUAUUUAUGGCUUUGUGAAUCUUGUUGUAUUAGUGUUGACUACAUGCUAACAGAGUACAGUUGUUUUUCUUUUAGAAACACCUUGCAACAAGAAUAAAUCAAUCUGUGAUCUGGAUUUUUUUUUUUUUCUCCAAACUGCCUGGAUAUGGACUAAAAAUGGUCCGUCCUUCAGAGUGCAGUUUAUAUUGUGGAGAUACAGUGCCAUCCUGCUUUAGUGUAGAUUAAUAAAGAAACUACUGUAACUCAAUUGCCUUUUUUUACACCAUUGCUUCAGACACACCUUCAUUGGUGCAUUGUGUAAAUACUGUAAUGUAUUUUAUGCUUUUUGGGUUUGAGUCUAUAGCGCGACACAAGAUUAUGUCACUGUUUCCUUUUGCCUGAAUGGAAAAAAAAUGAUGCAAUUUAUUCUUAUAGGUGCAAGAGAACUGCCACAAGCCUCCAGACUUUUUAUGUCUUGUAUACAGUAUACAGCAUUACAAUGAAAAGUGAGAUCUGUCUGUUUAAAUGGCCAUGUGAUUCAUCAUGGAUCUAUUCACACUGAACUUUCAGCUGUCUUUUCUGCUUUAAUCAGUGAGGGAGUGUAAAUCUGCUUUGGGUAUUGUAAUCAGGCACUGUCUGGCCCUGGGCCUGGCUCCAGCAGUACCUCUGACGUUGUUGGAAAUAGGACAGUUCUGGCAAUGAUUCAACCUGCUGCGCUGGGGCGGAUGAUGAUUUCAUUUGGGUCAGUGCUGGGGAACUAUUUAAAUGUGAUGUGUUAGUGAUGUAUACGUGAUGUGGUCACAACUCCGAGUACCACUGAGGCAAGACAUUUGUCACAAUCUGGUCACUCACCUUAUCUCCAUGUGUAAACUUUUUCAUCAUGCGCUAGACUAAUAAAAGCUGUUAGGCGAAAAUAUGGCACUGUUAAAAUGGACAUCAAUCAUACAAACAUUUGAUUGUGGCAAAGUUAUAAAACUGAGGAAAGUGAAUAAAUAAAUUGAAAUGACUGUG